UGUUUUUCCUGUGACUUCUCGACAUGCCCUCAUUUGUAAAGGUUGAAAACUGCACUAUCUUUCGUUAUGGUGGGCGCAAUUAUUUGGGCUCCAUUGACUAAUCGAUUGCCAGUAUUCUCCCUGCUUUAGCUUUCUCUCUAGACAUGUUUGCCAAAACCAAUAUGAGCUUUGGUGUCAACGAAGUUCUCCUGGCAUCUGUUCUAGGUGCUGUAGUCUUCUCUGUAGUAGCCGCUCAGCCUCUUGUCAUCGUUGGCGUGACGGGUCCCAUCACCGUCUUUAAUUACACAGUAUACGACAUCAUCACUCCACAAGGAACCAACUACUUUUCCUUCAUGUGUUGGAUAGGACUAUGGUCAUUGAUCAUGCACUGGAUUCUGGCCAUUACGAACGCUUGCAAUGCUCUCACUUAUGUCACUCGAUUCCCCUGUGAUAUCUUCGGCUUCUACGUUGCAGCUAUAUACCUCCAGAAGGGAGUCCAGGUCCUGACCCGGCAGUGGAAGGCUGAUGGCGAAUCGGCCUACCUUGCAAUUAUGAUCGCUCUUCUGGUCCUCAUGGUAGCUUACGGAUGCGGUGUUGUGGGUCAUAGCAACCUCUUCCAGCGUCAUUUUCGCAAGUUUAUCGAAGAUUACGGCACGCCUUUGACCGUCAUCUUUUUCACCGGCUUUGUCCACAUUGGGAAGAUGCGAGGGGUGGACCUACUAACACUGCCAAUCAGCAAAGCUUUUUAUCCUACUACCGACCGUUCUUGGUUCAUACAUUUCUGGGAUAUCAACGUUGGGGACGUAUUUCUUGCUAUACCCUUUGCUAUUCUUCUCACAAUUCUCUUCUACUUCGACCAUAACGUCUCCUCUCUCAUGGCCCAAGGUACCGAGUUCCCCCUUCGAAAGCCUGCUGGCUUCCAUUGGGACCUUUUCCUGCUCGGUCUCACCACUGGCGUCGCUGGGCUACUCGGAAUCCCUUUCCCAAAUGGGCUCAUCCCGCAAGCACCAUUCCACACCCAAGCCCUCUGCGUAACUCGCACCGUCUCCGAUGAUGACGAAGAGCACAAAGGCCACACUCGCCGCGUAACCGACCACGUCGUCGAGCAGCGCGUAUCAAACCUCGCCCAAGGCCUCCUCACGCUUGGAACAAUGACCGGACCCUUACUAAUCGUCAUCCAUCUGAUCCCACAGGGCGUAUUAGCAGGGCUGUUCUUCGUCAUGGGUGUUCAAGCCCUCGAAGCUAAUGGAAUCACUCUCAAGCUCAUCUUUCUCGCCAAAGAUGCCUCCCUUACGCCUCGGUCUGACCCUCUGAAGAGCAUCGACCGCCGCGGCGCCAUCUGGGCGUUUGUGCUGCUGGAACUCGUGGGCUUUGGAGCUACGUUUGCGAUUACGCAGACCAUUGCAGCGAUUGGGUUUCCGGUGUUUAUCUUGCUACUUGUGCCCCUGCGGACGUGGGUGCUGCCGAGGUGGUUCAAGGCGAGCGAGUUGGCGGUGCUAGAUGGUCCCACUGCGAGUCCGUUCACGAUGGAGAGUGUGGGAGGCAACUUUGGGGAGGUUGUCGAGGCGGAUACUUCUGGAACUGAGGGGGCUGCGGGUGAGGAAGAUGCCGUAUUGGAUGAGAGCGAUGAGGCGGAGAGAGGGGAGGCUGGAGCUGGGAGGAAGAGAAUGACGGGUAACGGGGAGCAGGGACAGGGUGCGGUGAGAAGGGCAAGCUUCCGUGGCGAAGAGGGGAUUGAGCUGGAGAGUUUGCCUUUGAAAAGGGGCUAAGAGAGUGUUCAAGCCAGUUCUGUGGGAAACACUAUCAUGGUCAGAAGCUCCACGAAUCGUUGGCUAAGCAGAAAUAGAACAGCUGUCGGCGAAAUUAUGGAACUAAGGUCAAUGCUAUGGCUGAGGUGCAACUCUCCGCUAGCCACGCGGGCGGUUCUGAUGGUGUUUUCAAGCUUACCAAGGGCAAUCCUGAGGGAUGGUAGGAUCGGAUCGUUUUCCACAAACCUAUGGGAAAGAGGAUGAACAAGUGGUUCGGAUAGGAACACGCCG